UAUGACAUCACAAACAUCAAAACAGUUGCAAGGAUACUGCCGAGCCAAAAAGUCCUGCUAAAACUACAAUCAUAUGACAGGUGGAGGACAGGACUACAAGAAUGCUCACUAUAUAGUGGGAUAUCUGCUAUAGAUAUCUGCUGCCUAUAUGGUAACGGUAGCCUGGCUUGGCUCGCUCUUUUCUCACCCGCCUUGGUACGACUUCCUAUUCAAACCGGGCACAGAUGGUAUCCGAAGAAAGGAUGUUGAAAGACAGAAAUCCGAAGAGGACAAUGGCUCUUUACUCGGCGCGAAUACCGAAAUAUGCCAUAGCUCUUGUCACUGCCAAGGCUGUCAGAGCCAAAUUGAAGGAGAUGAUACACCAGUCGCUGCUAGGGAAGUGGCUGACUCCUGUGAAACCAUUCAAGAUGACAACGAACAAGCGAUUCAUACUGGCAAAAAAACAAAGCGAUGGAAAAGAUUGCAAAUAUGCGAUAAUGUCGACACCCUCUCAGAUAGUGUAGUUUUCAAUUUAACGCCCAAAAAGGAUAGAACCAGCAUUCAAGGUGUAAUGAGCCGCUUGUACGAAGUGACCGUUGUCGACGAGUCUGGGAACGCCUUAAUCCGCUAUUACGAUGAGGAGGAAUUGUGCGAAGCUGAGGGUGCAGAAAGUGUGGAUGAGGUUUUUGCACGAUACAGGCAAGAUCAGCAAUGCGCACUCGAAAUUCAGUGCGCUUCUGGGAAAAGUACAUAUUUGAAAGGGUUCGUAGAGUUGACGCCGGACUUAAAGGAAGUUGCAAGGAGAAAAAGGUCAUCAUUUUUUCAGAAAAAAACGUUGGCGUAUCUCGAUGAGGGUACUAACGACUCAGAUUCGGUUGAGGAAUCGGAAGAAGAUGCAGUGAGUGAAAAGGAAGAGGAACAUGGAGACGAAAGGUUAUCCGAAGAAGGUGAUUCCCUCUGCUGCGAUGAAACUCCCGAAGAAGCUGCGAUAGACGUAGCUCAUACUGAAAGGGAAGAGGAACAACCGGACGAGUGCGACGUCACUCUUCAGGCGCAAACGCCGGUCUAUGAUCACGCGCAGACCACUGCUCGCAGCCCCUGCAUUGUUGUGAAGAAGUCCCCUUCCUUCCGUCGAAAGAAAAAGGACCUACGAUGGAUAAAACGCCAGGAGAAAAAGAGAGGGAUGCGAACACACGCUAUGCUCAUGACCCUUCUUAUCAUGAACACUCUCUCUGUCAGCUGAAGCAGCCUUAUGCUAAUCACCCUCCUUAUAACGAACACUAUCAUCUUUGCCCUCUAAACACACGCUUUUCUUGUCUCCCCCCUACAAUAAACACUAUCUCCGUCAGCUGAAAACACGCUUUGCUCAUCACCCACCUUUUUUAUAACCACUUUUUCUUACAAUUGGACAUAAGCUGUUCCUUCUCAUACGAUCGCAAACCAUGCAGCUGUUGCUUGAUAGAUAAAAAUAGUUCCCAGUAAAGUGCGAUAAAAUUAGUGCUUUGUGUUUUUAAAUUAAAGAGUGAAGAUGACACAAA